CUGAGAGCGGAGCGGGAAUACAAUCACCACCAGACCAGACCGGGUCCCUGCUUGACUCCUGCUCCGCACCAUGAGAAAGGACUGGCCGCUCUUCAAACCAAACAUCUUCCUCCUUCUCCUGUUCUUCGUUCCUGGGGAUGCUUCACCUGCCACGGAGCCGCAGUAUAUGGUGCUACUGCCCUCUGUGAUACACACUGAUUCUCCUGAGAAAGUCUGUGUUCAGCUGACCCACCUGAAUGAGUCUGUGACGCUGAGUGCCAUGCUUGAGUAUCAAGGGGAAAACAGGAGCUUGAUUAAUGAUGUGGUGUCAGAAAAGGACACGUUCACCUGCGUCCCUUUCUCUCUUCCAAAAUCAAAUAGCCCGUCACCAGUCACAUUUAUGAGUGUGAUGGUGAAGGGGGCGACACUGGAGUUCAGGAGUCGCAGGUUGGUGCUGGUCGAGAAUUCUGAGAGCCUCAUCUUUGUCCAGACAGACAAACCCAUCUACAAGCCUGGACAGACAGUCCUGUUUAGAAUUGUUUCUCUGGAUAAGGACUUCUAUCCCUUGAAUGAGGUGCUUCCUCUUGUCUUUGUUGAGGACCCAAAGAACAACCGUCUGUAUCAAUGGACAAAGGCAGAGUUAAAGGGGGGAUUAAUCCAGCUAUUCUUCAAUCUCUCCUCUGAACCUAUGCAAGGGACCUAUGCAGUGGUGGCACAGAAAACCUCUGGGAAGACAAUUCGGCAUCAUUUCUCUGUGGAGGAGUAUGUGCUGCCAAAAUUCGAAGUAACAGUGAAAAUGCCCAAGGUGAUCACCAUUCUUGAUGAGAAGCUGAAGGUGACAGUUUGUGGUCUAUACACAUUUGGGAAGCCUGUUCCUGGGCUUGUGAGUUUCCGUGUCUGCCGGAAUUUUAGACAUGCAGCUACCACCUGCUAUGGUGAAGAGGCUAAAGGAGUGUGUGAUGAGUUCUCUGGACAGACAGAUAACUAUGGUUGCGUUUCUGAAGUGGUAAAGACCAAGUUGUUCCAGCUCAAGAGAAAUGGAUAUGAAAAUAAGCUCCAUGUGGAGGCUAAGAUUAAAGAGGAGGAGACAGGAGUGGAAUUGACUGGAAACAGCUUCUCCGAGAUCACAAACACAAUUAGCAAAAUCACCUUUGAGCGUACAAGCUCCCACUACAAACCUGGAAUCCCCUUCUUUGGGCAGGUGAAGCUAGUGGAUGGGUCUGGUGCUCCAAUUGCCAAUGAAAUGGUGAGGAUUUCUUUAGGAGAAGUCUUGGAAAACUGCACAACAAAUGAAGAAGGCAGGGCGUGGUUUGCCCUGAACAUUUCCAAGUUGCACUUCGAUUCUCUUGGAAUUAGGGCAACUCAUAAAGUAAACCACCAUUGCUAUGACAGUGCCUGGGUUGUUCCAUAUUAUGAAGAUGGUUAUCUCCCACUAAAGCGCUUUUACUCUCCGAGUAAUAGCUUCCUUAAAAUUGAGCCCAAGUCUGAGACACUAAGCUGUGGCUCCUCCACAGAGGUCCGGGUGCACUAUAUCCUUACUCCAGAGGCCAUAGGAGAGCAGAAGAAAAUCACCUUUUACUACCUGGUGAUGGCCAGGGGUGUCAUUAAGAAAGCAAGCACCCACAUUCUGGAUUUGGAUGGGGAAAGUGCCCAUGGGGUCUUCUUAGUAGAGCUGCCUGUACAAGCUGAUAUUGCUCCAGUGGCCCAAAUGCUUGUUUACACCACUGCCCCCAGCAGGGAGGUGAUUGCUGAUUCAACCAAGUUCUAUGUAGAAGAGUGUUUCAGCAAUAAGGUGGACUUGAGCUUUUCUCCUCCUGAAGCCCUGCCUUCAUCUGAUGCUCGCUUGCUGUUCAGAGCCUCCCCGAACUCCCUCUGUGCUGUCCGUGCUGUGGACAAGAGCGUUCUCCUCAUGAAGCCAGAAGCUGACCUGUCACCCAGCUCUGUGUACAGCUUGCUGCCAGUGAAGGACCAGCGUGACUACCACUAUGAUUCAGACGUACUCUUGGAGGCACCCCUGUGGAACUGCAUCCCCUUGACAAAGAUAUUUCUGAAUGGGAUCACCUAUUCUCCAGUAGUGGAGGUGAAUGAAGAGGACACUUACAGCAUCCUAAAGGAAAUGGGUUUAAAGGUUUUCACAAAUACCAAGGUGAGGAAACCUUGGUACUGCAACACGCCUGGAGGAUCCCCCUAUGCAUUAGGGACUAUUGAGAGUGGAGCACCUAUGUAUAUGAGGGCAAGCGGUGACUUCUUUUCCGUCUCAUCACAUUCAGCCUUUCGUGGAGGUACAGUUCAUCCCACAUCAGCCACAUCUGAAGUGGUGACGGAAACAGUCCGAAAGUAUUUCCCAGAAACUUGGAUUUGGAGUUUAGUAACUAUAAGCUCUGAGGGCAAUGCCAAUCUAGAUGUGACCAUCCCUGACACCAUCACUGAGUGGAAAGCCAAUGCAUUCUGCACCUCAGCAGGCACGGGCUUUGGACUGUCUCCGAUAGUGUCCCUCAGAGCCUUCCAGCCCUUCUUUGUGGAGCUCACCAUGCCCUAUUCUGUGGUGCGUGGUGAGGCCUUCACACUGAAAGCCACCGUUUUCAACUACCUGUCUGCCUGCAUCAGGGUCAGUGUGACUCUGGCUCAGUCUGCACACUUCCUGGCUAAUCUGGUGGAAAAAGAGGAAGAAUCUCAUUGUGUCUGUGAGAAUGGGAGGAAAACUGUGGCUUGGCUGGUGUCUCCCAGAUCUCUAGGGCAGGUGGAGUUCUCAGUGAGCACUGAGGCCCUGCAGAACCAGCAGCCCUGUGGGAAUGCCAUUGUGGAGACCCCUGAGAAAGGGCGUAAGGACACAGUCAUCAGACAGCUGCUGGUUGAGCCUGAAGGAGUCGAGAAGGAAACAACUCAGAACUCUAUACUCUGUGUAAAAGGAGAACCUGUGAAAAAGAAGUUUUCCCUGUUGCUCCCCACAAAUGUGGUACAAGACUCAGGCAGAGCGUAUUUCUCAGUGCUGGGUGACAUCAUGGGCACUGCCAUGAAGAACCUGCACCAGCUCCUCCAGAUGCCAUUUGGCUGUGGUGAGCAGAACAUGGUCCUGUUUGCACCCAACAUCUAUGUCCUGGACUACCUGAACAAGACAGAGCAGCUGAGUGAGGAGGUCAAAUCCAAGGCCAUUGGAUACUUAGUGAGCGGCUAUCAGAGGCAGCUGAACUACAAGCACCAGGAUGGCUCUUACAGCACCUUUGGACCACGUUAUGGCCAACCUGGGAACACCUGGCUCACAGCUUUUGUCCUCAAGUCCUUUGCCCAGGCCCGGCCUCACAUCUUCAUAGAUGAGAAGCACAUCCAGGAUGCUUUGGUCUGGCUGUCCUUGAAACAGAAGGAAAACGGCUGUUUCCGCAGUUCUGGGACACUCCUGAACAAUGCAAUGAAGGGUGGAGUGGACAAUGAAGUCUCGCUGACAGCCUACAUCACUAUCGCAUUGCUGGAGAUUCCUCUGCCUGUAACUCACUCAGUGGUGCGUAAUGCUCUGUUCUGCCUGGAAACAGCAGCAAACGAGAAAGAAAGCCAUGUCUACACCAAGGCUCUGAUGGCCUAUGCCUUCGCCCUGGCAGGGAAGGAGGAGAAACGGAAAACAUUGCUUAGCUCACUUGAAAAGGAAGCUGUGAAAAAGGAUGGGUCUGUCCAUUGGCAGCGGCCUGGGAAAGAGCCCGAGGUUGAUCUGCCGUACUAUCACUACCGAGCUCCUUCUGCUGAAGUGGAGAUGACAGCCUACGUGCUCCUGGCUCACCUCACCUUGCAGUCAACACCUUCCCAGGAGGAGCUGUCAUCUGCAUCCCUUAUUGCAAAGUGGAUCAGCGGUCAGCAGAAUCCCAGUGGAGGCUUCUCCUCCACCCAGGACACAGUGGUGGCUCUUCAAGCCCUAUCCCUGUACGGGGCUUCCACCUAUGCCAAGAGUGGAGCAGCUUCCAAAGUGACCCUGCGAUCCGGAGGGGACUUCCAGCAAGACUUCCAAGUGGAUCCCACAAACCGACUGCUGCUCCAGCGCGUGCCCCUGCCCCAGGUGCCAGGGGAGUACAGCACAGAGGUGUCUGGUGAAGGAUGCGUCUAUCUGCAGACAAGCCUGAGGUACAACGUCCAGCCCACGCAGGAGGAUGCACCCUUCAUGCUCCAUGUGUACACGAUCCCAGAGACGUGUGAGGACUCCAAGACUCUCAAGGUCUUUGACAUAGGCAUAAACGUCAGUUACACCGGGGAACGCAAUGAGUCCAACAUGGUGAUUGUUGAUGUGAAGAUGCUGUCCGGAUUCGUCCCUGUGAAGUCCUCUGUGAGGAAGCUGGAAGGCCACCCGGUUAUUGAGCGCACAGAGUUGAGUACCAACCACGUCCUAGUGUAUCUGGAAAAGCUGAGGAGCGAGACCUUCAGCUUCUCCUUCACAGUGGAGCGGGACAUCCCCGUGCAGGGCCUGAAGCCGGCACAGGUGAAGGUCUACGACUACUAUGAGACAGAUGAGUUUGCCACACAGGAGUACAGCGCUCCCUGCACUGCAGUCUGUAGGCAUGCCUCAAGACAGAGAGCAAUACUGCCACCACAUGCCCUAUGUAAGACAAGGCUGAACAGGGAAAUGUCUGAAGAGCGCAUCUCAUCUGAGUCUUGCUGGAUCAGAUAGUGUUUCUCUGCCCCUAGAAGAUCUUCUUGUUGAGAGGGCCUAUUGAAAUGUUGCAUGAGGACACCUCGACACCAAAAUAGGAAGUAGCGCUGUAAAUAAAUUGUCUUGAUUCUCA